AUGGGCAUCUUGCCAGUGAUCUAUGCACUACUCCCUUUCUUGGUACUCGGGUCACUAGGAAAGCUAACUGCGUUAGCAUCUGGAGUUGUAACAAGCUACAGUCCAGAACAUAAUAGUGUUCCCCGGAGUGCCUCGCUCGAAGGUUGCGUGAAGACAUGUGGCAAUCUGAGCUUCGACUAUCCCUUUGGCAUCGGGUCGAGGUGCUCCCGUGGGCCUGAUUUCAAUCUCUCUUGCAACGAGACCUCCCAACCCCCCAAGCUCUUCUUGCACGACGGCAUCACCGAGGUAACCGGCGAUAUCGAUGUGAAUGGUUUCGGCACUGCAAAUUUCAUCAGCACCUCCUUCCGGCAUACCAUUCCUUUGAAAUCUGGUGUUAAAGUGUAUGACUUGUCGCUGAAAUCACCUGGGAGGUCCUUCACCCAUGGGUACACUGUUCUAAACAUCAUAGGUUGCGACCUGGAUGUGUAUUGGGUCAACGACAACACCGGCACAGCCAGGCGCGUCUGCAAAACUGCGUGCAUGGACCUAGGAAUUACGGAGAUGGUGGCUACGAAGAAGUGCAAUGGCGUCGGUUGCUGUAGUUUUCCCAUCGAUGACCAUAGCAUCAACACUUUUCACCUCAAAUUUGUAUUGCGCCAUAGGAAAAUUAACACCAGAGCACGCCCUAACCGGACCUCUCCAUUGUGGGAUAGAAUCAGCAUAACGGACAGUGGCGGCGCCACUGUUCGUUGGAAUAUGGUGGAUCAACCCAACUGUGCUGGCACGGUGCGAAAUAGGACUGCCUAUGCCUGUAUCAGCGAGCAUGCCGAGUGCGUCGACAGUACAUUUUUUGACUGUCCAUUGACACGUGAUGAGUGCAUUGACUUCGGCAUGACAUCAAGCAAUGGGUACAACUGCAUCUGCGGUGCCGGCUAUACAGGCAACCCCUUCAUUCAAGAUGGAUGCUCCAACGACAAAGGGUAUAAUCCAAUUGCAAGCAGAGCUGAUUGUACCCGUUCGUGUGGUAACAUUAGUGUGCAAUUCCCGUUCGGCUUAGAAGAGGGUUGUUUUGCGAAGGGAGAUUUUCACCUCAACUGCUCAGUUACGACUUCAUCAGCUGUCCUCAUGUUGGCACAUCUGGAGGUAAACAGCAUGAAUGUUGAUGAAGGGACCAUUAAUAUCACCAAUCCUGAGCAAAAAGGAGGAUUCACCCUGUCUGGAGGUCUUUUUUAUUCAUAUGGGACAUUGUUCUCCCCUCUGCAAUGGGUUGCUGCAAAUCUAAGUUGCAUAGAGGCCCGACAGAAUAAAACCGGAUAUGCUUGUGUGAGUCUCAAUAGCAAGUGCGUAGAAGUAAACACUGCAGACAUCUAUGUUGGUUAUCACCGCAAAUGCGCAGAUGGCUUCCAAGGAAAUCCAUACGUCCAAAGUGGUUGUAGCGACAUUGAUGAGUGCAUUCAGCCAAACAAUUGUAAAGGGAUCUGCCAUAAUAUUGAAGGAAGCUUCUUUUGUACUGGAUGUCCUCGCAAGACUGAGUAUGAUCAAACAAAAAUGCAGUGUACUAGAACGAAACAACAGACUCUGCUUUUAGGUAUAAUUAUUGGGUUGUCUUGUGGAUUCGGUGUUCUACUUCUGAGCUUCAGUGCAUCACUUCUCAUUCUUAGAUGGAAAAUAAAUGUUCAAAAGCAACUACGGAAAAAAUAUUUCCAGAAGAACCAAGGUCUUCUCCUAGAAACGUUGAUAUCGUCUGAUGAAACUGCAAAUGAGAAUACUAAGAUUUUUUCGUUAGAAGAGCUAGAGAAGGCAACAAACAACUUCGAUCCUACACGUAUUAUCGGACGUGGGGGCCAUGGCAUGGUUUACAAAGGCAUAUUGUCUGAUCAGUGUGUCGUUGCAGUAAAAAAGUCAAAGGUCAUUGAGCAAUCUGAGAUCAGACAAUUCAUUAAUGAGGUCGCAGUCCUCACUCAGAUAAAUCACAGAAAUAUUGUGAAGCUCUUUGGAUGUUGCCUCGAAACCGAGGUUCCACUACUGGUGUAUGAUUAUGUAUCCAACGGCUCACUGUCUGAAGUUCUUCAUGCCGAUGCAAGUGAUGGUUUUUCCUUAUCUUGGGGUGAUUAUUUGAGGAUUGCUCUCGAAUCAGCAGGAGCUCUAUCUUAUCUCCAUUCUUCAGCUUCAGUAUCAAUCUUCCAUCGUGACGUGAAGUCCUCAAAUAUUCUUUUGGAUGGGAACUACACAGCUAAAGUUUCUGAUUUUGGCGCUUCCAGAUUGGUUCCAAUCGAUCAAACACAUAUUGUCACGAAUGUGCAAGGUACAUUUGGGUACUUAGAUCCAGAGUAUUUCCAUACCAGGCAGCUGAACGGGAAGAGCGACAUGUACAGUUUUGGUGUGGUACUAGUGGAGUUGCUUCUCAGAAUGAAGCCUGUAUUUACAUGUGAAUCAGGCACAGUCAAAAGUUUGUCAAACUAUUUCCUUCAGGAGUUCAAUGAGGGAAGAAUCACAGAUAUUGCUAAUUCUCAGGUGCUUGAGGAGGCAACCGAGGAAGAGAUCAAUGGUGUUGCCUCUCUUGCAGAGCGGUGCUUGAGGCUACACGGUGAAGAAAGACCAACCAUGAAACAGGUUGAGACAGAACUGCAGACUCUACGGACAAAACGGAUGAACUCAUCUCAGCCAGAUCCGAGAAGUGGAGAACAGAUGCAACCAAGGUCGUUAACUCAAAGGAGUAGAUAUGCUCGGCAAUUAUCCGCACAGCCAGGAGGUAGCCAACGACGCUAUAGCUUGGAGGCAGAGUUCUUGUCAUCUUCUAGCCUGCCACGGUAG